AUAAAAGAAAGAUACCGUACAUAAUCUAUUAUUAAAAACCCCAUAGAUCAUUUCAAGAGGUAGCUUCAAUAUCUUUCGAGUCUCCAAACUUUUUUGAUAGAUUUGUCGAAAGAUUCAAAGAGGUGAUGGAGGAGGCCAAUAUGGAAAACGGCUGUCCACACCCGAACACUACAGAAGAGAUUAUAAAAGCUGUUAAUUUAUAUCAAGCUGCUUUCAAAGGUGAUUGGAAAGCUGCCCAAAGUAUAUUUGACGAUCAUCCUCCGUCAUGGAUCUCUAAGGAGAUAACAUCAAAAGGGAAUACGGCCCUCCAUAUUGCUGCUGCUGCGAAACAUAUUUCUUUUGUUGAAAAGUUGAUUAAACUAUACUCUCAUCAUCAAUUGGACUUAGCUAGACCAAAUGGAGCUGGAUGUACUGCCCUUUCUUAUGCUGCUGUAUCAGGAGUUGUAAGCAUCGCUGAAGCAAUGGUUCUCCAGAAUAACAUACUUCCAGAUAUUCCUGAUCAUAAAGGACGCAUCCCAGUCCUCAAAGCUGUAAUUUACAAACGCAAAGACAUGGCUUUCUAUCUUUACCAUCAGACUAAUUUUGAAGGUCUAGAAAACAAUCAGCAAUUUGAUCUUCUCCUAGCUACAAUCGACAGUGAUUAUUAUGAUAUAGCAUUAGAUAUUCUGAACAAGAAACCAACAUUAGCAAAGGAGAGCGUGGAAGAAACUGGUGAAACAGCUUUGCAUUUACUAGCUAGAAAGGCAAAUGCAAUUGGUAGCAGCGACAAACUUUGCUUCUGGAAAAGACAUAUAAACUCUCGCUUCAAUAGAAUUUACAAAACAGCUGUAAUGCAAACAUUAGCCCAUCAAGUUGUUGACCGUCUAUGGAAUUUUUUCAUUGGGAACCUUUCAACACUCGAGAUGAAUGAGGACUUCCUGAAAACUCUCUCAGUUUUAUUGAAAGAUGCAGCAAGAGUUGGAAAUGUUGAGUUCUUGAUAAUACUCAUUCGCUCCUAUCCCGAUUUGAUAUGGAUAUCUGACGAAAACAACAAAAGCAUAUUUCAUGUAGCAGUUGAAAACCGACAAGAAAAUGUGUUUAGUCUUAUAAAUAAUAUAGGAGGGGUGAAGGAUUUCCUUGUCGAUGGUUACAAUGAAGAGAAUAGCUGUAACAUUCUACACUUAGCUGGAAAAUUAGCAUCUCCAUAUCACCUAAACAGAGUGUCAGGCACAGCUCUACAAAUGCAACGGGAGCUUCAAUGGUUUAAGGAAGUGGAGAAAAUCGUUACCCCAUUCCAUCAUGAAAUGAGGAUGAAAGAAAACUAUGGUGAUCAUGAUUACCCAACACCUCGUGAACUCUUAACAAAAGAGCACGAAAAACUUCGGAAAGACGGGGAAGGAUGGAUUAAAACCAUGGCAGGCUCGUGCAUGCUGGUGGCAACUCUAGUCGACACUGUGGUUUUCGCAGCGGCAUUUACGGUUCCAGGAGGCAACAAUGAUAAGAAUGGCAUUCCUAUUUUGCGAAAGGAUAAGAAAUUUGAACUGUUCAUAAUAGCAGAUUUUGUCGCUAUGGUGAUGUCUACAACUUCUAUACUCACCUUUUUGUCAAUUUUAAUAUCGCGCUAUGCGGAAGAAGAUUUUUUGGUGUCGUUGCCGAUCAAAUUAUUGUUAGGAUUGGUGACAUUGCUUGUUUCUAUAGCAUGCAUGGUGGUGGCUUUCUGUGCAACCUUCUUUCUUUCGUAUCAGGAAACAAAGUGGAAGAAUUAUCAAGUCGUCAUUGGAGCAAUGGCCAAUCUUCCAAUUGCCGGUGUUUUCUUGUUCCACUUAAAACUCAUGGUGGAUAUAUUGAUCAGUUCAACUUUUUGGCAACGACGUUCUUUGAGAAUAAGCAAGAGAAGUCUUUUUUAGUGCGCAAUUACACAAAUGGGCAUCUACCCAACUUCGUUGUUCUUCUAGGGUGUUGAGGUAAACCAUUAGCUAUUUCACCCAUUGAGGGUCUAAUAUUGUUGUUUUUGAUAUUGUUGCUUACCAUCAAGUUGUACUAAUUGCGCUAUUUACAACUUCUUGUUCUCUCUUUUUUCCUUUUUUUUGAGUGAAUUUGUGUAAGACUCAUUUUUUACGAUCUUCUGGCAUAUUUUGGUUUAAAUAAGUGUUUUAUAGAUAAUUUUAUUGAUUUUGGUUUAAAUAAGUGUUUUAUAGAUAAUUUUAUUGAUUUUUUUAACAAUAUAAUAGUAGAAAGAGAGUUGAGAUCUGAAGGUAUGUAACACUCCAAGUUUAGAAGGGAAACAUGAAUGAAACGAUGUCACAUCUGAAUAAGAGAGGUCUAAAGAACAUGAAGACAUGCAAAAAGAACUCGUACACUAGAAGAAAUCAAGCCUUUAAUGUCAUGUUAGAAAAAAUAAAAACAUGGGUUUUAAUGUCGUUUUUCAAAAGGCUAAUGUUUAAUAUCGGUUUUAAACCGACAUUAAAGAUGACGGUUUAAUGUCGUCCUCCUUUUGAAAAAUAACAUUAAAGCACAUUUUUUAUUUUUUAUUUUUUAUUUUUAUAUUUUUUAAAAAGUUAAUGGUUUCUCUCUCAUACUUUACUCCUCUCUCCAAGCACACGAUUUUCAGUUGUCGUGCGAGAAUCCCUCAAGCCAGUCCCUCGUGCCCAGUAAUCGUCGUGCUUCCGCUGCAAGAAUCCCUCUUGCCUAGUCAUCAAAUCCACCACCAUCAUGAGCCCAAACGUUUUCUUGAAAAGCUUUUGUAGAAAGGAAAAUAUAUAUAUAGAUGGGGGAGUUGUUACAGCUUUAGAUGAUUUGAAGAAGUUAAUUGGACAUUUGAAGGAGAUAUUUGAAGAGAUACAAAUAUGGGCUUUUACCUUGGUUUAUUUACAACUUUUCCCUAUUUGUUUUCCAUUUUCAAAACUCGAUCCAUAUAUUUCAUACAUGUCUUUUAUUUACAACUUCAGAAAAAUGGUCGAAUACUUCAUUCA